AUGAAAAGAUUUAUAUCAGGAGGUUACAUAACCAAUGAAGAUUUAUUUGAAAAUAAUUUUGAUAACAAUAUUGAUAUUGAUAAAUUAAAAAAAGAAAAAGAAGAAGAAGAAGGUUUCAAUAUUUCAAAUUUCUAUAAAACUUCAACCUCUUCAUUAAAUACAAAGUUACCAGAAAGAUUAUUUAAAAGAUUACCAGAAAUAUCAAAACAACAACCAUUAUUAAUUGAUAAUAAUAUUGGUUCUGGUGAAGAAUUAUCAAGAACUACUGGAAAAAUAAUAACAACAACAACAACAACAACCAAUAUAACAAAAGUAAAAUCAUUUUAUUGUGAUCAAUGUGAAAGUGAAAUUUUUAAUACAGAGAAAAUUGAACAUCAAUCAUCAACAACUCAUAUUUUAUGUGAAAGAACUAAAGAGGGUUUUGUUUCAAAAAGAUUUAUAUCAUCUUCAUUACCUUUGAAUGUUGGUUAUAAAAUUAUUACUAAAAAAAUGAAUUGGUCCGAUGGUGAAGGUUUAGGUAAAGAUAAUCAAGGUAAAAUUAAUCCAAUAAAAGUUGAAAAAAAGAAUAAUAAAUUAGGUUUAGGUAAAAUUAAUUAUAAUAAUAAUAAUAAUAGUAAAAAUAAGAUCCAAAUUUUUGGAAAAGAAAAAAAUACCAAAAAUGGUAUUUAUGAAAAUAAGAAAAAUUUAAAAAAAUUAAAAGAGAUUACUAAAAAAAGAGAAAUGUAUAUUAAAGAGCUAUUAUAA